AUGUUUAACUAUGGAAUCCCCCAGCAAUUCAAGGUGGAAUCCCACUUUCGCGGGAAUGCCCUUGUAAAAUCCGUCGUGGCUCUUUCCAUUUUCUUCUUUGGCUAUGAUCGAGGUGUGAUGGCCGGUAUCAACCGCUCCCCGGACUAUGUCCGUGUGAUGGAGUUAGGCUACGCAAACGAAGAUGGCUCCAUCACCGUCACCAACUCCAGCAAAGGUGCCUUUAUCUCCGUUGAGUUUACCCUAAACAUCUUCGGCAUAGUUGUGGCGUAUUGGGUAGAAUACGGGUUGUCAUACAUCAAUGGGAGCGGUAGUGCUAUUCGAUGGCGGUUACCAAUUGUUUUGCAGAUUGUCCCUCUUUUGGUGCUCAUCUCCAUUGUUUGGUUUUUCUCUGAGUCCCCGAGGUGGUUUGUUAAGAAUAAUGAGAAUGACUUGGCCCGUGAAUUGUUGAUGAACAUGAGAGGGAAUGACACUGGUGUUCAAAUGAUCACAGGUAUUUUCAAAUACGACACUCCAGAGGAGAAGGAAAAGCUAGACCGGUUGCAUAUCCCAAGACGUAUUUGGUUAUGUAUCAUCAUCCAGGUCGUGCAAGAAUGGACUGCUAUUGCCAGUAUAGCUGUGUACCUGCCAAAAAUCUUUGCGCAGGCCAGGUUUGGACCCAGAAAGGCUGCCUGGUUAUCAGGAUUAAACAUCUUUUACAUGUUUUCGACCUUGGUCAGUGUAUUCACUAUUGACAGGUUUGGUAGAAGGUUCACCUGUUACUGGGGUGCUGUGGGUCAAGGUUUUUCAAUGUUCCUUGCUGGUGGGUUCUCUCUCCUCCAGCAAGCUAACCCCGAUAGCAAGAGUUAUGGUGCUGCCACCGCGUCCUUAGUAACCCAGGGGAAUGCCUUCAGUGUUGCCAGUUGGAGUAUUGGUAGUGGGUGGUUGACAUUGCUCAGUCCGGUGAUGUUCGAUAACAUUGCGGAGAAGACAUUGUACCUCUUUAGGGGCUGUAAGCUUGCGGCCAUUCCAAUGAUCUAUUUCAUCUAUCCUGAAACCGCGAAUAGAACCUUGGAAGAAAUUGAUUGACUUUUCGCCCUGGAAAGCCCCCUCACGUUUUCGUGUGAGUCUGAAUUUGUCAGGAUUCAUGAACUGCAGCGGUAUCUUAUGGAACAGAAAGGAGGCCCUUCUGAUGACGAGUGUUUCAUUGAUAGUGAAAGCAAUAAGAAGCCGAUUGAAGCCGAGCUCUUCGAGUGUCCUUAGGUAUCUGUGAUUAAACGUAACUUUUUUUUUGUCAAUAUCGUACAUAUGUAACUUGGGGAACUAGUAAUACCGG